CUGCCCCGUUGGCCUGCUUAAGUUCAUCGGGAUGCGCUGUCACAUAUGUCUCACUUCAAUUCAAUGUUGCACUCCAACAGCAUCCUCUUUUUGGCUGGGAUAGCGUCAGGAGUGAACGCCCUCAAGUUUACCGGCUAUCAAGACAAGGACUGCCUUGGGGAAGACGAAGGAAAUAGCAUCUGGGAUGGAAGAAUAGACCCCGACAGAGAUUGUUCCAGCGUGACCUCGAAGAGGCCAGCAGCAGCCUUCAAGAUCGCUGACUACGGCGAUUGGUGGACCUGUACAGGUGCGGUCUGAGACGGAAGCGCGUUGACUCGAAGCUUAUCAACAUCAGUGGCCCUGAUGCGCACGAAUAGCUCCACCCAUCCCUACACGUCUGACGAAUCGUGCCACUGGGGCCUCCUUGGUAAAGACUGGAUCUGGGACGCCAAAAACGGUACCUGCUACCAAUACUCUGACUGGGACAAGUAUGCGAUCAGCAACUGCUCUUCUUCCGCCGUCCAAGAAUGGAAAGACGAUUUGCGGCUCAAGCACAGGAAUACCAAGCAAAUCACGAUCAUUGGGUCUUUUGUUGGAAUCAUUGUCGGCAUUUUGUUGAUCCUCAGCGUGGUGUACUGGAGGCGACAGAAGAAGCGGGCGAGAGCGCGGAGGCAUGGCAAGGUUGAGGAGGUGGAACUCACACUCCAAGGUUAGGCCGUAGGAUCGAAGCACAUUGAGACGUCGGUAUCCACAGUAGUCGGCAGGAGGGUGCGCUUAGCUCGGAGGUGGAGCGGCCUCCAAACAUUUGCAUUUGAUUCAUAUACGAAUGGCCAUACGCGAGAGCCUUGUGCGGCAAUAAUGCCCAUAGGGACUCGGAAUUGAUCCGUUUUGAACCUUUGAUUUCUUCUCGAGACUGUGAGUGGAACUUCAGAUUGUC